GCGUAUCAGUGUUCGCCAGUGCCAUCCAGGAGGCACAUAGUGAGCGGGUUACGGGAUUAUAGCGCGAUUACUGGCCGUACGAUUCCGCCGAACAGCGGUGCGUCGUCCGUCGGGACGACGACGACGACGACGACGACGACGACGAACGGAGGGAAAGAGAGAAGCCGCAAGGGGGCAGAGUGCCGACGACGACGGAGGUGGUUGGUGGUGUUGGUGAUCGUGCUCCCGCUGGUGGUAGUUGGUGGUGGUGGUGGUGGCGGUGGGUGCUCCCCGGGUUCCGCGCGCGCGAGAGAGAGAGUGUCCGCGAAAAACUAGUGUCGAGCCAUCAUGGCGAACCCACGGAAAUUCAGUGAAAAGAUUGCGCUGCUAAACCAGAAACAGGCGCAAGAGACGGCGGCGUUCGAGGCGAUCAUGCGGGAGGUUUCGGACGUCACGAGCAGGGUGGCCUCGGCGAGCAGCUCGGUGGGUGCUAGUCCCACGGGAUCCGGCGUACCGGAGACCCCGCUGUCCGUCAAGAGUGCCGGCGCCAGUCCACCGCAGUCCAGCGGCAAACAUCUGCACAUUAACCUGGGAAAUCAGUUCAGGGCGGGCGGCUCGCUGCCGAACGUUAACAACAAUGCGAAUUGCGGCGGCGACGCGAAAGAGCACUCCUCGCCGCAUACCGGCGCGAUCCACUCGAUCGACCUUAAGACGGCGCUCAGCAAUCUCGAGGAGAUGCAACACAACUCGAUGGUCUACCGUAGCGACAAUAGGAGCCGCAGCAUGGGGGUGGGCCCGAUGAGAUCCCGGCCCAUGGAAAAGAGACACGACACCUCGCCGUACAGCGGCGUACCUUACCUGUCGCCACCGCCGCCAGACACCUGGCGGAGAACGAACUCGGACUCGGCUUUGCAUCAGAGCGCAAACGAGGCUUGCCAGUCGACCUCCGCCAUACCUCACCGACGAGGUAGCGACGCAUAUCAACACGCCAUGACUGGGAGCGGGAACGACAACAGGGAUUCUCACCACAGUUUCAUCGAGCGACCGAGAUCCUCGUGCGAAAUGCCUAGAGUGCCUGGGAUUAACAUAUAUCCGAGCUCCCAACCGCCGGGACAACAAAUACCGAUAGGCAACAACACGGGAUCGUUGCCCGACUUGAGCAACGUGCACUUCCCGUCGCCCAUUCACACUCCUCUGGAUCAGGACGAUCACUCGAGUAGUACGCCGUUCAGCAACAGUCCCCAAACGAGCAGUCCCACAAACCUGUCGCCGACCAGCUUGGCACAAGCUGGUAGGCUGUCCUUUUCACAGGAUCCGUCAAGCGUCCAACAGGGUGUGGCACUGGAAAACAGCACAAGUACUUCGCAACAGGAUCUUCAGAGCUAUCCUCCGCAGCAACCGGCGCCGACGGCGACGUCUCAUAGCCCGACCGGCCACUACAUUUAUCAGCAACCGCACAGUCCUGUGCCGCCGCAAAGUCCAAAAACACAGUCACAACAGCAUCAACAUCAACAGUCGCCGCAGCAGCAGCUGAACUCAUUAGGAUCGUACAGAUCUACGCAGUCGGUAAACAGGCCGUCGCCGCAGUCGUCACCUAGUCUAACAGUUCAAGGAAGUCCUCUUAGUUACAGCAAUAACCCAUCGGCGCCGCCUAGCCCCACGGGACAUCCGGGUCCACCCAAUUUAACAUCCGAAGCGAUUGAUCAGAACUCUUACUUCAUCAAUCAGGCGCAAGCGGCGGCCCUUCAGCAGGACUUCGAGCAAUUCACAAUGGGACUGGAGUGGCCCAAAUUCGCGCAGCAGCUGAUGGAACUUGGUUGCACCUGGACCACGCAGAUAGAGAUGGACACACCGGUGCAGCCAAACACGAUCGGAACGUAUAUCGGAUCACCGAAUCACACUGCGAAUUUCACGCAGAACGACGUGAUUAACGUUGGCGGCGAAUUAGGCAGCGGGGAUACCGGCUACUUCAGCACGAGUCCACAAAUGGCGUAUCAGCCGGCGACGACGACCACCACGGCCACUCAGCAGCUCACACCGCAAACGCCAAACACACCCACGAUCAUUCUCACAGACUUCUCCGGUGCGGACGAUCUGACGAAUCCGGAAUUCGUCAAAGACCUCGGCACUGCGAUGAUGGGCGACUUCGAUCCGGAAAUGUUUCCGUCUGACGACGCUCUCAGACAGGGCCUCGAUCCGAUCGACGUGGACGGUUUACAAAUGCUCGCGGACCCUACGAUGGUCAUAUCGGAUUCCAGCGCCGAGGCCCACUUUAGGUUAGAUCGUCUCUAAGGGAAGAGAUUUUACUCAUUUUACCGACCGACAGACCCGCUGGCUAACGCGUAGGAUAAGACAAUUCUGUUCUGGUGUCGCCGUGAAUUAACUCUUAAGACACUUUGACACAUGGGGUACCACUUCUUGGACACUGGCGGAUUUGCAGGGCAAAAAUGCGAGUCAAUAUGUAUACUUAUACAUUGCGGUGUAUAUUUAUACAUAUUUAGAGAGAGAGAUAUAUAUAUAUAUAUAUAAUAUAUAUAAAUAUACCUUGUUUAUAUAACUUGAUUUGCAGCGCAUGGAUCAUAGCGGGUUUAUGAAA